AUAUCACUUUCGAUUUUACUCAAAGUGUAGCCUACAGUUCUGCAGUUUUACUCUAACAAUGUAGCUUACAGUUCAAACAGAUAUGAUCAGAUUUGUAUAUGCCUAUAUCUUCUCAUUUAAAUUAUAUUUUGAACUGGAUUAUUAUGCAAUGAUAAACGAUAUCGUUUGUUAUUUUAGCACGUGUGAAUAAAUAAAGUUUCGGAGUACAAGACCCAACGACAUCGUCGACAGAAAUUCAGUCGGCAAAUUCCCUAAGGAAUGGAUGUACAUGAUUCCAGCGGUUAAGAUGCAGAGUUAUGAGGAUAAAGGAGAUUAAAUGGCAUCCAACAAGAGUUCUGAGCCGAAAAGGAGGAGGAGCAUUGAUGAGCCCCCUUAUUUGUCAGGUGAUGCAGAGUUCAGAGUCCUUGUCUUUGGGAGAAGUGGUCGCAAUCAAUUUUCUCUGACAAACUCCAUUCUGGGGACAGAUGUGUUCGAUGAUGAGGUCUGCAGGAUUGCAGAGAGUCAGAGACACAGGAGCGAAGCGUUCGAUAGAAAACUAGCUGUGGUCAACACCCCAAACCUCUCUGAGUGUGAGGCAUCAGAGAAAGAGCUGAACAGGGUGUUCAAGAGGUCUGUGUGUAUGUCCUCUCCUGGUCCCUACGCCGUCCUCUUUGCAUUAGACCUGAGCAACAUCUCACCAGGUGCCGUGCGCAUCCUGCAACUCGUCACAAAGCAUUUUGGGGACAGCAUCUUGAACCACAUGAUGGUUGUGGUGUGCCACGAAGGGGAGAAGGAGGAUUCAGCUCUUGAGGAGAGAGUCAAGACUAUCAGAGACUUCAGGGAGCUCAUUGAGAAGUGUGGCCAAAGGUAUCACCUCUUCAAUGAGAGAAAGGCCCGGAGAGAUGAGAAGGUUUCCAGACAGCUCCUGGAGAAGAUGGACAACAUGGUGAGGGAAAACGCAGGCAGAUUCUACUCCAAUCACCAAUACGAGGAAGCAGAGGAGAGAAUCCAGAAAGAGGAGCGUUUCAUGAUGAAAGCGAGAGAGAAGGAGAUGCUGACAAAGUGGAAGGAGCUGGAGAGCAGGCACACAGGUGAAGGUCUUGAAAAGGAGCUGCUGCAGUUCGAGACAGCGAUAAGAGUAGAGAACCGAGAGAAGGCUGAGAGGAAGAUUUCAGAGAUACUAGGAUUCACUCUCAGAGCAGUUGACUAUGCUGCCGCAGUAGGUAAAGGGGCAGCUGUAGGCGCUUUAUGUGGAGCAGUCAUGGGGUUUGAGGGAAUGGCGGUGGGAGCUGUUAUAGGUGCCGUUGUUGGGGGUGUCGUAGGAGGUGCUGCCAGAGAGGCAUGGGGUUACGUCACAAACGCUGCUGAACAAAUUAAUAGACGUUGAGACAAUGGUGCCUUCAUUGAAGAUGCAUUGCACAGUUUAACAGAUUGUGAAUGUCAUAUUGAUGACGUUCCUGCAGAGUUUAACACCACUGUCAGAUUUGUAGAGGUCUGAGGCCAAUCAGAUCAGUAAUUACACUUAUUUGUCAGUGAGAAAUAUUCAGAGAUGUAUGUUUUCUAGAUAAUAGACGUUGUUUAUUUUUGAUUGCUGAUCUCGUUAUGGUAUUAGUAGAUUAUUUUACACAGAUUCAUUCUUGAAAUAUGUAAUUAUGGAUAAAGUGAGCUGCUUUAACGAUGGACAUUCUAAAUGUAUUGUUGUUUUUGGUGUCUUUGGAAUUCCCAAUAAAUCUGUGUACAUUUAAAUAAGUAAAUGUAAAUAUACAAUAUAAAUCCAUUUUUGAAAGAACAUAGUUCUUAUUUUUUAUAUAACUUCUGGUGUAGGAGUCUCUAUUGUGCCUGAUAAAUGACCAGAUUUGGAAAAUAAAUCCCUGUUUUGUUUC